AACUAGAGGCUUCUUUGAUCUGUAUUGCUCACAAAAACCAUAAUCCUCAAAAACCUGCUUUUUGGAGGAUUGUCAUGAAAGGACCGCCUGAAACUCCCUAUGAGAAUGGAACCUUUGAGCUGUAUUGUCAGUUUGGUCGUGAUUAUCCAGUGAAACCACCUGUUGUUCGGUUCUAUACUCCUAUUUACCAUUGCAACAUCAACAGUGUGGGAAGGAUUUGCCACAACAUAUUUGAUCGAAACUACUCAGCUGAUGUUACUAUGAGAGAGAUCUUGGAUGCUGUAUAUGGACUUCUGAUACUCCCAGAGGCUGAUGAUCCACUAGACAGCAUAUUAGCAGAGGAAUUCCUGACUAGCAAAGAAAUCUAUGAGCAGGCAGCUAAAGAUGACACUGCAGUAAACGCAUGUCAGUCCAUGGAAUCCAUUGAAAAGCAAUACAUAGGUGAGAGCAAUGUUCCAGUGCCUCCUCAUCUGGUAUGUCCCUUGUCAGGGAAGAUAUUCGUUGAUCCUGUCAAGACCAAAGGUGGAUGUGUGUAUGAGCGAAGAGCCAUUGAGGAAUAUCUUAAGACGAACAAUAAUGAUCCAGUUACAGGGAAGCCACUUAGUUGCACAGAUCUUACUCCAGAUAAGAACAUGAAAAAGUCUGUUGUGGAGUAUCGUACAUCCCACAUAGAGGAAACAGAUCCCUGAAUAAAGUAGAUAUUGCUUUGGUAGUGAUUCAGCUGCACUAUAAUAAUCACACAAUACUCUUUAUCAAAUUCAUUCUCUUUUGAUUGUGGGACACAACUUUUUACAUUCCACGU